AAGGAGGAAGAAGCAAGAUGGCCUCCCGCUGUCGCGCUAACUCUCUGCCUGAUAUCUACGGUGGACUGUGUAAUUCGUGAAUUGACAUUUCGAAACUCAAGGUUUGCAAGGCCGACCGAGGUUUUCUUCCUCAGACUUUUUAAUAUGGAUCGAGAGAAAUGCAGCUUGAGCUUGGAGCGGGAAGAGGAUGGAGAGGAAGGAGCACCGAAUGGAGACACCCGGGACAUUGCUAAUGGCUCAUCUCACGUGGGAGGCUUUCCCGGAGAUUGGCUGGCUGCCCGCAAGGAGAAAUCCAAAAAGCGCAAGGAAUUGCUAGCAUUACAGCUUGGAGCUGGCAGUGCUGAGAAUUUGGGAAAGCUCUUGGGAACAGAAGAGCCAAAAUCCAGUCAUGCAAAGCGAAGAACCAUUGCUACUACAAGUGGCCUUUCAAGAAUGAAAUCAGAAGAAAAAGAAAGCUCUGAUGAGAUGGUCUACACAGAUUCCUCUACAUUUCUCAAAGGUACACAGUCAUCCAAUCCCCACAAUGAUUACUGCCAGCAUUUUGUUGACACUGGUCAAAGGCCACAAAAUUUCAUCAGGGAUGUUGCUUUGGCUGAAAGAUUUGAGGAAUAUCCAAAACUGAAAGAGCUCAUUCGACUCAAGGCAAGUUUUGAUACCACCUUCAUCAAGUUGGAUGAUGAGCUAAUAUCAAGGACAGCAUCACCUCCAAUGUACCUGAGGUGUGAUUUGCAUACAAUGAACCUGAUGGACCUUGGGAGUGAGUUUGAUGUGAUCCUUGUGGAACCCCCUUUGGAGGAGUAUCAACGAACCCGUGGAGUGACCAAUAUGGAAUUCUGGACAUGGGAACAGAUUAUGAACUUGGACCUGGGAUCAGUGGCAGCAGCUCGAAGUUUUGUCUUUCUCUGGUGUGGAUCCAGUGAUGGACUGGACUUGGGACGCCAGUGUCUAAGAGAAUGGGGGUUUCGCCGAUGUGAGGAUAUCUGCUGGAUUCGCACUAAUUUAAAGAAUCCUGGCCACUCCAAAAAUCUCGAACCCAAGGCUGUAUUCCAGAGGACCAAAGAGCAUUGCCUGAUGGGAAUCAAAGGAACUGUGCGCCGUUCCACAGAUGGCGAUUUUAUUCAUGCCAAUGUUGACAUUGACCUAAUCAUAACAGAGGAGCCAGAGUAUCAUUCUCUUGAGAAGCCAACUGAAAUCUUCAGCAUCAUUGAACGCUUUUGUCUUGGCAAGCGCAGGUUGCAUGUCUUUGGUCGAGACAGCACAAUUCGACCAGGAUGGUUGACCAUUGGGCCAGGUCUCACAAAUUCAAAUUUCAAUGCCUCAACAUAUGCAUCAUACUUUGUCAAUGGAACAACAACAGGAUGCACUGAUAGAAUUGAGGCACUACGACCAAAAUCUCCACCUCCUAAGGGUAAGGGACGUGGUCCUCGAGGACCUCGCACAAGGACAAGAUGAUAAUUGUUUUCUCUCAUUGGGGGAGGAUAUAUGUAGGAUUUGAAAUUAGCCUAAGGCUGCACAGUACUAGGUUGGGCUCCCAAUCUAAUUCCAUGAAGCCUUGGGCUCUUUCUAAAUUCAAACCCUGUGUAUAGGUGUUUGAGUGAGGUCAGAAAUCAUAUUCAC